GUGACAGGCCCCGAUACUCUUACCUCACUGGUACAUAGGAAGGAAAGAUGAACGAGGCUAUUAUGAUCGGUGAAUAUUAAUUAAUGUUUCACGGUAUUAAUAGUCAGAUGUUGAACAGAUACUAUACACGUAAUACCAGGUCUGGCCGGUAUGGGGUCCUUUCGCCAAUGUCUACUGUAUGGGAUUAUCAUCUCUGUGACUUCGUGGAAUCUGUGUUUAUGUAAUCCACACAUGAGGUUGCAUAGCCGACCAGCAGAAACCCAGUCCCAACCCCGUGUAACCAGCACUAAUCAGCAAGGAGGGGGACAGCAACUAAACGCCUUAGAUGUAAUCGAGUUGUUGAAAGCAAAAAACCUCGUCCGUGAUACGUCUGUGACAAAAACCUUACCAUCUAUAUCAAACUUCGACCCAACGCAAUUAGAAAAUAGACUAUUUAACCAUCCUAUGUUGGCGGAUGCAGCGUCGCCUAGUGGUGAACAAAUGUCACUGACCCGUGAUGCUAAUUCACAAGCACAAAACCAUGUUUCUGACCCUAGGUCUGGGUUUGAUACAGUUGUGUCAGGUAACCAUGCUCAACAUGCAAUGUCAUUUCAGAGGGCCGACCCAAAACAGGUGAAUCCACAACUGCAAGCCAAUCAGCAACAACAUAAUCAGUCCGGUCACCAACAACAGCAACAACAUAAUCAGCCCGGUCACCAACAACAGCAACAACAUAAUCAGCAACCGGAAAAUCCGUCUCAUAUCAAUCUGCAACAACAGUUUCCUAGUUUAUGGCAACAGCAACACGUUUUCCAAAAUCAAGGACCAAAGCAUAAUGUUCAGCAGUUUCAGCAACAUCGGUUACGCAAGCCGCUUCAACCUAGUCAGCAUUCAAAUCAUCACAGUCGACACGGUCAAUGGUUACAACAGCAACAAACAAACAAUGCACAGCAGCAUCACCACGAGCAUCAACAGCACGAAGAGAAAAAACAACAGAGUAAUCAGAACGUGAAUCUACUGCAGCAACAUCAAUCUCUGCAGGUACAAAACCAGCACCAGCAGCAUCAACCGCAGAAAAAUAAACAGCAGAUGCCACAGCAAGCAAAUCAGCAUAUAACACAUGCAGCAAACCAGCAGAUACCCCAGCAAUCAGGCCAGCAGAUACCACAGCAAGCAAACCAGCAUAUAACACAUGCAGCAAACCAGCAGAUAUCCCAGCAAGCAAACCAGCAGAUAACGCAGACAGCGAGCCAGCAGCAGAUGCAACAUAGCCACGCGAUGCAACAACAGCAAGCAGAACAAGUAAAACAUCAUAAUCAACAACCUUUUAACCCACAACAAAAACAACAGCAGCAAGAAUAUAAGAACCAACAGAUUCACAUCCAGCUUCAUCAGCAGCAAACCGCUGAAGGAAUUGUGCCUCAGAAUCACGUCAGUACCGGUGCAGUGAAGCGUGGUAAAAUACGACUGCAUCCACAAGUAGAUCGUAAAUUUAUUGGCAACGCUAUGGCACACUCAAUGCGAAAUCAUGGAACGCCAAACCUUCUACAGCAGCAGUUUCAGUUUACUUCAGGCGAUCGGUUUCAAACUCAACAGUUUACACAACCAACAGUUACCAACCCAGCAUCGUCUAGUCCUUUCACACAACAGCCGAUCGAUUUUCAACGUGUGCACAACUUCCCAACCCAAAACCAAAUUCCUUCAAGUACAUUUGUAAAUACAGUACCUCCAGUCCAUCAUACUGGAAAGCAAAGCCACGUGAAUCCAACCAAACCAGCAGUUAAUCUACAAUCACCGAGUCCUUUGCCAUCACCGAUUUUACGUGAGUUUGUGGAACAACCCCUUGUUGCACAACCUUUUCAAAAUGGAGAUAGCGUAAACUCCCAAUCUAAUAUACAGACAUUACGAUCACACAGUGUUGUAAUGAAUGAACAUGUCAAUUCAAUGCCGCACGUCCAGACGUCCUUUGAAAGAAGGAGCAGCAACAUGGAACAAGGUUUUCAUCAACAGCCACAGAGCCCAGGUCAGUCAGCCAUGGAUGUCCAUUUAUCUAUGGUUCAAAAAGGAGCAUCUGACCCAACAGCACAUACUGGUAAAGGAGGCGCACAAUUAACAAUGUCUGAAACAUUUCAAUCUAGUACUGCAAAUAAAGGUUCAAUGACGUCUACAUCUAGUCACCUGCAGGCAGAGAGACGAGCUGCGCCGGGAUUUAUCGAACCAAGUAAUACAUUUCAACCGCAGACUGGAUCCCCACCAAAACAACUUGCUGGACAGACAACACUACCGGCAUUACUUAAACCGGUGUAUCUGGAGCCACAGGUUAAAUCUCCACCUGUAGCCACCGUCGCAGGCAAUACCAACACACAGGACUUGUCCGUUCUACAACAGAUGGUUGCUUCUAGCUUUCCUACAGCUAACACUCUGGACCCAGCAAACAUCGCCUAUCAAGCGCCACAUGGAGCACCUAUCGAACAGAACAACGGGCUAGCAGCAACUACUGGUACACUUCAACCAAUACAUGCCAGCCAAUCAAAAGCUAACAAUCAUGGCCUGCACAACGUUAUGCAAAGCAUCAAAGAUAUCGGGAAGCUGCAACCGGUUUUAGCGAGCCAGCCAAAUUCACAAAAUAAUGCUUGGAUAUCAAAUACCAAUAACCAAGGCACUGGUACUCAACACUCUAUUUCGAAUUUAAAAGCAAGUGGGGAGCUUCAGCCUGUCUUUGUUAACCGACAAAACCCUAAUAAUAAUCAAAACCAGCAACCUAUUUUGUUUUCCAGUCCAACUGCUACAGCCGUGUCCAGCCAAUGGCAGGAAUUGACAUCGCAAUUGUCGUCUACGGGACAGCAUGGAUUUAACACUGGUGCAGCUGGAACUACAACUGGACAAGUACAAACACAAGUGUCUAGCAGUGGAGUGUCCCCUAGUAAACCCGAUCCAGCGCAAGCCUUAUAUGACACCAUGUUUAGUACACAAAACCAGAGAAACAAAAUCGAAUUCCAGUCUACGUCAACGGGAGGAAAGAUACCUAAUGGACCUAAUCCAGUAUUAACUCUGCAACAUUUAAACGAGCCUGUGAGAGCAAUAUCUCCAAAAACUAAAGAUACUUUAAACUCAAACAACAUUGCUUCUACCACGGUGCAGUUAUCUACCUCUUCGUCCUCACAAAAUGGUCAGCAUCAGUCCCACAUGCUACCAGCUGCCAGCCACGCGCCUACCUCAACCCGACAGCAUGCUAACUCUGGAGGACAACCACAGGCCAUGGUCCGCGCAGUUACAGUAAACAGACAGAGCAGUAACACUGGCCAAUCAAACACGGUUGGGUCUAUUUUCCCAGCAGCAGGAGAGCCAUCCAAUAAUAAUUUCGGACAAGCAUUGGGUGUGGGAUCGGAAGCGUAUCUAGGAGGUCCUAACAACCAGGAACAUCGCUCUUUAUCUUCGUCUACAGUUAGUAUCAUCAUUAAACCACAGAGUACAAUAGGUCAAUCAACGGCAUCCAAUUCUCAAACCAACGGCCGUAUGGCAUUCAACAAACAAACCCAAUCUAGUAACCCUAUUGUUCAGGGAACAGAUACAACCCAGGUUCGGAAUAUUCAGAAUGCGAAUUUAAACCAACACAGCCAGACAUUUGGUCCCGUACAUAUGUCAGGAGGUGGUCAUACGAUGACGAAUGGUCAGGAAGGUCAACAAAUUAUAAGUCAAAAUGAAAUCAGUAACCAAGGUCUACAGACAACCAAUCAUCAGGUUCAACAAUCAAGUAAUAAGCAUCAGGGCAAGCAAACAAUAAAUAACCAAGAUCUGCAGACAUUCAAUAGUAAUGGCCAGCAUAUAAUGUCUAUCCAAGGUCCGCAAAUACAAAGCCAAAUGACAAACAGCAAUAACGGACAGCCUGCCCAACAGGCUAUUUUAAAUGAAAUAAUUGCUCAACAAGCAAAUAAUCAACAAAUGGGCAGUCUCCAACUGAAUAACGCACAGACAAUGAACAGUCAUUUACAAACCAAUCAACACAUCAAUGGUCAACAGCUGAACACCCAACAGGCCGUGAACAACCAAUUAAACAGCAAUCAAAUGAACAUCCAACAGGCCGUGAACAACCAAUUAGACAACAAUCAAAUGAACACCCAGCAGGCAGUGAACAACCAAUUAAACAACAAUCAAAUGAACACCCAGCAGGCCGUGAACAACCAAUUAGACAACAAUCAAAUGAACACCCAACAGGCUGUGAACACCCAAUUAAACAACAAUCAAAUGAACACACAGCAGGCCAUGAACAACCAAUUAAACAGCAAUCAAAUGAACACACAGCAGGCCAUGAACAACCAAUUAAACAAUCAACAAAUGAACAUCCAACAGGCCGUGAACAACCAAUUAGACAACAAUCAAAUGAACACACAGCAGACCAUGAACAACCAAUUAAACAACAAUCAAAUGAACACACAGCAGGCCGUGAACAUCCAAUUAAACAACAAUCAAAUGAACACACAGCAGGCAGUGAACAACCAAUUAAACAACAAUCAAAUGAGCGCACAGCAGGUCGUGAACAACCCAUUAGAAAACAAUCAAAUGAACACCCAGCAGGCAGUGAACAACCAAUUAAACAGCGACCAAAUCAUGAAUAAUCAGCAACAAAAUAAUCAGUGGACCGUAAACAGUCAACAACUGAACAAUAAUGAACAAAUAAAUGGUCAACAGACCAUGAACAACCAGCAGAUCAUAAGUAAUCAAGACGUGAACAAUCAGCCAAUGGUAAAUAGUCCGUCAGGACGACAUGUAUCAGCGGUCGGUACAACCACAGGCUCCGAGGUAACAUCUGCUCAAAGCCAAUCGUUACAGCCAGGCUUAAUACACACAGCGACUGAAGUCCAGCCGAGCCAGGUAGCGAAUAAUCAAUUUACAAGAACACAGAGAAAUACCGGUAUUAGAAACUCUAAACAGGUUGGUCUAAAAGGACCGAUAGAUCCGGUUGCUAAGGCAAAAAUGCAGGCAAACAUAAAAAGGUUGUUAAAUGCCGGUUAUGAGCCUGAGGAAAUUCUAGAAAUAUAUAGAGUGGAAUUAGGCUAGUUGAAGGGUAUAAUAAUAUUUUGUUUUUGAAAUAUUUUGUAUUUCAAUCCAGCGUCUUCACGAAAUGUGUCUGGAUAUCCUGAUGCAGUGUACAUUUGUUAUUGAAUACAAAACAUGUUAUUUGAUAUUUAUCAAACGCGAGGCUAACAUAGAAUUUUUAAAUGUUAAUGGCUUUUACCUGUAUAUAUUAUCAAUUUAAGCGAGUUAAUGAUCCACGGUAAACAAAAAUGCUGAGGUAAACAGAUACAAAAAUUCCCAAUAUAGCCUUGUCCCAAACUUUGAUUUUCACAUGUUCAUCGUAGAUCUGUUUCUGACCACACUGUUGUAUUUAAACAAUGAAAGGGUCAGUUGGAAAUGAAUGGCAAUUGAACGACCAUAUGAAUGGUGCUAAGUAACUAUCACAUUACUACAAUGAGUCGCAUCACGUGACUAUUGUGUUACUUAUAAUCAGUGUUAUACAUGCUUUUAUUGGCUUAUUACGUCAUGUUAUCACGUCUUUGGUCAUAACAGAGCUACCAAAAAGGCAUGACGCAUUUAAUCAAAAUAAUAUAUACAUGAAUUAAUAUAAUGCGUUUUGAAAAUUAACGAUGACCAUUGAAAACAUAUUUCGCAAUUAACCGGAAACUGUGCUGGUAAAUUGAAAAACAGGAUUUUGAUUGUGUUUCCAUUUCGGAUUUUUUUGUGAUUUCAAUGUCGUCAACUUUUCGCGAUGAUUUAAUUUCAACAAGUUCAAAAAUAGAUUCAUUCCUAAUAUGAAUCGUCAAUUGUAGGGACUAUUUCGCCUUAACACCACCAGUGCGUGAUUUAAAUAGCGUAUCCUUGCCGGUAAACCUCCUUGUUUACAUAAUGCGUUGUAAAUAUAGUUUCACUUUGUGAUAAACAUAUUAUAUAUGUAUAGAGUUCACAUUGUAAUAUAUGCAUAACGUCCCAUUGGGUAUAUUUAUAAUAUCCGUUUAAAGUGUUUUAUCAUAUUAUUUGUUAAUGACAACGUUGUAUAAUAAACUGACAAAUAAAUAACGAUAAAUAACGUUGUUUUAUGUAUUUAUUUAAUGAAUCUCAGGGGUGUUUUAAUACAGCUUGUGCGUGCCCUGGCGUCUUUUGAUUCAGACAGUACAUAUUAAAUGUUGAAUGUGUGUUUGAUUGGUUAAAGUAGCAAUUUACCAAAAAUGCGAAAUCUGUUUAAGAUACGGAUUAGACUAUUUUGCCUUUAACUCCU